AUGAACGUCGGCGGGUUUGCCAUCGGCACGACCCAAAACACGUACCGGAUCACGCCGAUACAACAACCAGAACGUGGUCCGGUCAUGAAUGCACCACUGUCGCGUGUGCCAGUGGGUCCACCGGUCAUCAUCCAGCUCGACACAUGGGACGAGGCAGGCGAGGUGAUUACACCCUAUCGCGAGUUGCCCUUCCUCGUCUGCCACUUGACGUUGCAAACACCAACCGGAGAGGACGCACAGUCGGUCAGAGAGAACGAGAAUUCAACCCCAGUGCCAACACUAUACGGUACAACGAUCGCAUCACCCGUGGAGAUGAAGGACCAGAACGGCGAGGAUGGCGUCUACUUUGUCUUUCCUGACAUCUGUGUUCGAUUCGCGGGAACCUUUCGUCUCAAGGCGUACGUGAUGCGGAUAACGGGUGGACCAGCACUGGACAUGUGCAUCACCGAAUCGUUUGACGUCGUGCCAGAGCAGGAAUAUGUGGCACCAGCUGUGACAGAGCUCACUCAGCACUUUGCCGCGCAAAACAUCACCAGUUUUGGUCCACAACCUAUGCAGGGAGCUGGGGACUGGUAA